AUGAACCACUCCACUGAGCCCUCACCUUCCAAGCUCUCCUACGGUGCAGAGCUCGAAUUUGCGGUACUAUGGGUAUACGCGGACGAGGUGAAAGAUGGCAAGAAAUACUUCAAAGAAGACAGUCUUCCGGAGCCAAUCAGAAUUCAGCGUCCCAGACCUGCAAAUAUCAAGUCCUUUGAUGCAGAAGCAAGAGUCCGCAAUGUAGUCAGGAACGUGCUAGCGGCAGCAGGACUUCCAACGAAGGAGUUCCAGAUUUCACCAGGCAAAGUCACCUUGGAUACGCAUCGUGUCCGAUCAUAUCUACAUUGGCAAGUUGAUUACGACGAUUCAAUCGAAGCUGACGACUUGAAACAUCCUCUGCAAAUCGCCAAGAUUGAAGUCACCACACCAGUUGCAUUUGAGUCGCCUGCGUCCUUUGAGCUCGUGCGACACGCUGUCAACGUCUUAACGAAGAAGAUGCGUCUACUCACAAACAUCACUUGCGGCUUGCAUUGCCAUAUUGGACAUGGAGGUUCGUGGAUGCAAUUGCAGUGGUUGAAACGGCUGGGCUCACUUUAUUGGGCAAGCGAUAAGUUGCUGGCCAGCCUCAACCCACCAGUUCGACAAGUCAGCUACUUCUGUCCCAGUAUACGCAUUCUGAGCCGACUUGCGCUUGAAAGCCAGACGCCUAUGCCACACGACGAGGACGAUACACUGAAGUGUGGUACCUACAUCGCUACAAAUGUCCGGUUUGGAGAGCGACCAAUACUUUGGCGAGAGUCGCACGCCGCACCGGAGACCAUUGAGGCUUUCAGGCUGACUCGAGAACCAGGUUGUUUCGAUGCCUUCAUUGACGACGACGCACCGGAGUUUCUUGUCAACGCAAACCCGAACUACAACAGCGAUCCUCGCAUCCGCGUCGACCCCGAUGAUCAGGCUGACCUUACCGACUAUACAUUUGCGCCUUUGGGCAGCCCUCGUAGCACGAGAAGAAACUCGGUUGGUUCGAUCGAUGAUACGAUGCCGAUGCCGCCAGAUGACGCGCAAGUGAAGCUUGCACGAAGAAUUGCAAGUCUCUACCCAGUACGCCCGAGUCAGUUCAAUCUAGAAGACCGGUUGUCCGACGAGGCACGAGUGAAGAAGCAAGAAUUCUCGGAUAAAGAUAGAGAGAGGCUCAUUAAGUACAACGGUGGGUACGGAUUGCCGAGCUUCGGAACCGAUCGCGGGACGUGGGCUGGUGCGGCCGGUGUCUACCCGCUUGAUACCAGUUGCGAGGUGAGCAGCGCCCUCACUGUCCAAGGAUAUAGAGCUAACUACAAUUUUAACAACUUCAGCUGCCGGUCUUUGAGUAACUGGACCUCUCCGAUGCUGAGAACGAUUGAGUGGAGAGCGGGGGAGAAUUCAAUGUCGGCGAAGUGGAUAGCGACGUGGUUGGCGAUCGCCGUGGGUGUAUCCCGCUUCUCGAUCCAGGCUCCGGUCAGUGAGUUUCUCCGUGUGCUCGCGAACUGCGAGUACCACGACAAAGGAGGGAGUUACGACGUCGUUGACUUUCUUGAAGACAUAGGACUCUUCGCCGAGGCUCGACUUGCCGCAGAGAUGCUCAGGCAGAAGAAGGACGAGUAUGAACUCGUGUUCGAGGGCGCUGCUGAAGAGAAGCAGGCUGCCGAACACGACCUGGCUGCAGAUGCAGAAGAGGAGCGGAUGUCCGAGACUGCGCGUGAGCCCGACGGAUGCCCCGUGGCAUAG